GUGGCAUUGUCAUUCCCAUUCCCUUUUUCAACGAGGUAAAGAUUGCAUUCAAGGGCUCGUGCAUAUACCAGAUCAAUGACACUGUGAGCGAUCCGACAGCUGCUCUUGCCAAGGUGGGAGUUCCAGCAGAGUCUAGUACUUACAUAUGCCAGGUCAUCGAAGAGACCUGUGGACCUGUGAGGUGCGCGGCCCCAAGUGGAGCUUGCCACGAACAGCUGAAGAUACCCUUCAACACUACGGAGGAGUGCAGGUCCUACUAUGACAGCCUGCCAUACCGCUGUGCAUCAGACGAUGACACUUCGCGGGGAAAUUCGCAGAGCUGCCGACUGCUUCACAGGCAUCUUGCAGGCAUUGCAGAGGAACAGGCCUUGCACCACUGCUCACACGUGGGUCCUGAAAGCGACGGCAAGUGUGACAUCAGCGACUGCCCGAACGCACUCUACUGCAGAGAUCCUCAGUGCAUUAUUCGGGGCUACUGCACUCAGGACUCCAACUUUGUCAUGAGCUGCGCCUGGAAUUACAGUCCCGGUGCUAUCCUUGUCAACUCAGCCGAGCUGCUACAGCACGUUUGGCUCGGGCUCCAGGCCAUCAUCGCGUAUACCUUUUUCAGGUGA